AGACGCAAAGCGGUGGACUUGCGUGUUGCCCUCGGAAGUGCAACAUUUAUACGUUUUGGAGGUUCGCUGGGCAAGAUGAGCGGGGACUCAGACGGUAAUAAAGAGUUCCACGAGCAGCUCCGGUUGCAGCAGCUGUAUGAACAGAGGCAAGAGAAUUCAGACGAUCCCUACACAUACACCGACCCAGAAGACGGCACUGUGUAUGACUGGGACCAUGAAAAGAGAGCCUGGUUUCCAAAGAUAAAUGAUGAUUUCAUCGCAGCAUAUCAAGCAAACUAUGGAUUUAAUGAGGAAGGAGCUCCUGAUCCGUCUGCUGCAGUUAAUUCAGCUGAAUCCCUCCCUGCCAAAUCAGAGGAGCCGAAGAAACCAGAGGAACCCACGAAACCGGCGGAAGCGCCAGAGCAGGGGAAAAAUAAAGAGGGAGAGAAGAAAGGAGAGAAAAGAAAAGCAGAUCCAACUUGGUUUGAAGUUGAAAAGGAAAAAAACACAAAUGUUUAUGUGACCGGCCUUCCUCCAGACAUCACUCCUGAUGAGUUUGUGGAGGUGAUGUCCAAAUGUGGAAUUGUCAUGCGUGAUCCCAUCACAGAGGAAUAUAAAAUCAAAAUAUACAAGGACAAAGACGGGAACCAAAAAGGAGAUGGACUGUGCUGCUACUUAAAGAAAGAGUCUGUCGCUCUAGCUAAGCAGCUCUUGGAUGAGACAGAGAUUCGGGGCUACCGGCUGCAUGUGGAGGAAGCACGAUUUGAACUUAAAGGGCAAUUUGAUGCCAGCAAGAAGAAGAAAAAGAACAAAGAGUACCGCAAAAAACUACAGCAGCAACAAAAGCAGCUGGAUUGGAGGCCUGAGAAGAGCGGAGAAGUGCGCAAAAGACACGAAAAAGUUAUCAUCAUCCAAAACAUGUUUCAUCCCACUGACUUUGAGGAGGAUCCUCUGGUCCUCAACGAGUAUAGAGAUGAUCUGCGGACAGAAUGUGAGAAAUUCGGGCAAGUGAAGAAAGUGAUCAUUUUUGAUAGGCACCCUGAUGGAGUGGCGUCAGUGGCAUUUAAGGAGCCUGAAGAGGCAGACGCGUGUCAGGUGGCUUUGAACGGACGCUGGUUUGGAGGAAGGAAACUCUCAGCUCUGCUGUGGGACGGCGUGACCGACUACCAGGUUGAGGAAACGUCACGAGAGCGAGAAGAGAGACUGAAAGGCUGGUCGUCUUUUCUGGGCGAUGAAAAAGGAUCUGGCGAAGCUAAAGCUAACUCCACAAAAACAGACGAACAACAGAAUUCCAGCACACAAGAAGCAGCAGCAGCAGAACAGACCCAGCAGGAGCCACAUGUAAACGAAAGCAGCACAAAACCACAGGAGGAGAAAAAUGAGGAGGAAGGAGGAGGAAUGGCAUCGACUGAUAGCAGUUUAGCAGGAAGUGAUGAUGAAGAUGCGUAACUUCUUUAAUGUCUCACUCAUACAUCUCAACACCAACAGUGUUUUCAUUUUAAAUGCCUGUUAAUGAAUCGCAUCAUAUUCCAAUUUGACUGUAAAUAAUAAUUUGUGAUCUGUUUUCUCUCACUUCCCCGUGUUAUGAUGUGUGAUCCAUUUGAACUUCUGUCAAUAUAGUUUUAUAGUAAAAAUCA